GGAUACGAUGUUCCGGUUUUGGAGCUUCCGGGUUGCAGGAUUCAAGUCGCAAAACGCCAAACGCACGAACGACAUUUAGUAGCAGCAGCAGCAGCAGCAGCAGCAGCAGCAGCAUAGAGAGUAAGUUGGCGCGUUCCUCAGCUGCAUCAGCUGCAUGGAUUUGAACAUGAGUGCUGUGCGUGUCGAGCUCGCCUGUGCCCCCUUUCUUUGCCCCGAUCGAACACGAUCGAUAAUGAGAAAGAAGAAAUAGAAACGAAAUAAAACGAAAUAGUGACCGACGACGGAUACAUAUACUGUCGGUGCAGAGAAUCCCCGGAGCUAAGGACUCGAGAUCGAGCUCGUUCGAGCCCUUGGCCUAUAAAAUGUGCUCGUAAGUUGUUAGAAUCCUCGUUUGCUCCUAGCUUUAGCUUUCAUUUUAGCCGAUUGCGGCUACACGACGUUUGGCUAGCCAACGCUUGCGGCGCCACCUACUUACUCUCCAAGUCUCCACUGCGUCACUUAACUGUCACAAGCGCUUGGCUGGAUCCGCGCUUUUGGAAUUUCAGGUAGGCAGUCGCGACAAUGCUCUAUUAUAUAUUAGCAAAGAGCAUGAUACAUGCGUGCAUUUGUACGACCUGCCUCCGCUGUUCAGUUCGAGAUUUUCGAGAUUGCGUAGCCCUGCAAGUUCCAAGUCGAACCGCGAUCGAGGCUCCGAGGCUGCAGGCUGGUCGACUGACUACUCGAAACUUGCGGCCUCGCUCGCAUGGAAAGUUACAAGGGGCAGAGAAGUAGAGAAGUGUCGUCGAUAACGCCUGCGCGUCUGCGUCAACUGUCGACUUGUCGACGCGAUAAUACAGCUAUUCAGAAAGAUGUAGACAAGGCCUACACUGCUCGAACGAAAACAAGCGAGCUGCAUUCGAAUUGGGAGAGGCUCUCGCCGCGCGUCGUAAUUAGUGUCGUCAUCGCGGCGGGCGCGGCGUUCCUAACUCAGUGUGAACUCAGUCUCGCAGUCGGCAGUCGGCUCGUCGCGCCCGUGCCAACUGCGAAUCGGAACGAGUAUCGGAACGAGUAUCGGAACGAGUAUCGGAAGGAGGUUCAGCGAGAUGAGGGCGAGCCCGGGCCUCCGCGCCGCGGCGGCGAUUCUGCUAGGCGGCUUCCUUUGGAGCUGCGCGGCCGGCGACGAGCCCGACCUGGACAUGACGACGCCGGAGCUGAUCAGGAAGGAGGGCUACCCGGCCGAGGCGCACGUGGUGCUGACGGACGACGGGUACCUGCUGACGAUGCACCGGAUACCCUCGGCCGCCGGGCCGGCGGUCUUCCUGCAGCACGGCCUCCUCGCGAGCUCCUCCGACUGGGUAAUCGCCGGCAGGGGCAAGGCUCUCGCCUUCAUCCUGGCCGAGCGCGGCUACGACGUCUGGCUGGGCAACGCCAGAGGGAACACCUACUCCAGAAGCCACGUCCGCUACAGCACCUCGGACCUGCGCUUCUGGAACUUUAGCUGGCACGAGAUGGCGAGCCACGACCUGCCGGCCGAGAUAGCCUACAUCGCCGGGAUGAAGAAGGCCCGGCUGACUUACAUCGGCCACUCGAUGGGAACCACGAUGUUCUUCGCCAUGGCCAUCGACAGGCCGGAGAGCGCCGCGAAGGUCGAGGCGAUGUUCGCGCUGGCUCCGGUGGCCUUCAUGAAUCAUCUGAAGAGUCCGGUGCGGCUGCUCGCCCCGUUCCUCCGCGAGAUCGAGCUCAUCGUCCGCUACCUCGGGGCCGGCCAGUUCUUGCCGCAGAACGCCAUACUCAAGUUCCUCGCCCGCUACGGCUGCGACGUCGACGUGACGGAGGAGAAAAUUUGCGCCAACUCGUUGUUUGUCAUCUGCGGCUUCGACGCCUCUCAGUUCAAUUACACGCUCAUGCCGGUCAUUCUGAGCCACUCGCCCGCCGGAGCCUCGACCAAGACGAUCGUCCACUACGGCCAGGAAAUAACGUCUGGCCGAUUCCAGCGCUACGACUACGGGCCCAAGGGGAACCUGGCCAUCUACAACAGAACGACGCCGCCGGACUACGACCUCUCGAAGGUCAGCGUGCCCGUCGGCGUCUUCUGGUCCGAGAACGAUUGGCUGGCUAGUCCCGUGGACGUCAAAAGGUUGUACGACCGCCUGCCCAGGAAAAUCCUCGAUUACAAAGUCGACUACCCGAAGUUCAAUCAUCUCGAUUUUUUGUGGGCGCUCGACGCGCCGAAGCUGGUCUACGCCAAACUCCUCAGCGCGAUGAACGCAUCCCUCGCCUCGAAUGUUCAAGUAUAAUCGUGUAUAAUAUAACGGAAUAAUACAUUACCCCCAUCCUC